CGAAUUGCAAUAAAUAACAGAUAGUGUAUAUUUUUCACUUUUCUUACGAAUUGCAAUAAAUAACAGAUAUGAAGGCCAUGUGGAAAUUAGCUCCAUAUUUUCAUCUUGGUAAACUUCCUUAAAAGCAUUAUAAAUACAUUAUUCUUCUUCUCAGGUCUCAAGCUUUGUUUCUUUUCCUUUCACUACUGUUAUGCAAACAUCAACGCGAACUUGAACUCAAAAAGAAGACAUGUCACAAGCUAAAUGUUUCGAGACCGAAAGCAUAAAACAAGAAAACAAUAGCCCUAAGUUUACUUUUGCAAGUGAAAAAGAUGUGCUUUCGAAAGAAGAUAGUGUGGUGGUAAAGCAAGAAUUAGAAGAAAAGCUUCAUAUUUCGCUGUAUGUCACCGAAGUUAAGGUCAUCACUAAAAAAGGCAAACAAAGUUUUGCUGUUCUCUAGUGUUAACUUCAAAUAAAAACAAAAGUAUGUUCUGCCAAAUAUGCAAUCAAUUGUUUGCAACUAGAGCUAUAUAUAAGGAGCAUACUAGGAUGACACAAAAGCAAAGGACAACACCGGCAAUGCCAAAUAAAAAUAUAGCUUUGGUCAAUCCACUUGGUUUAAAAAAGCCCGAUUAUCACUGUGGCGCAUGUAAUAAAGUCUACAAGAGAAAGAGCCAAUAUUUACGACAUCUUGCCAAAGCUCAUUCUACGGGUGUGGAGCGAGGCAAUAUCAACAUUUGACCUGAUCCUGAAGAUCCUAAAUAUCAUCACCAACCAUCCGAAAUAAUAUUUUUAUCGAAGCCAAAUUACGAUCCUCCUUCUUGGGACUAAGCUUGACAGGAAGAUUCAAGCAAAAGGUCUCAAUAACAAAUCAAGUAUUAAGCCUGAUGCUAAUGGUUCCAAUAACUACUGCCGAACAUUUUCAUGUAUAUUAAGCUAGGCUACCCAUCUUGCGACUAAACACACCAAGAAGAUUCUACCUUAUACUACCGUCUUCAAUCCAAACAUUCAUCCUUAUGAUAAUGAUCCUAACAACUAUAGUCAAGCAUGCGAAAGAAUCUUUUCAUCCAAGCCAAGCUACAUUUCUCAUCUUAGGAUCAAAAAUGGCAAGAAGAUUUUGCUGAACAUUUUGGCUAAGCCUAGUGGACCUAGCAAUCGCACGAAAGAAUAUUCGUGUUUAGAUUAAGUGGGAAGACUCAUGUUAGGAGUCAAUGCAGCAAGAAAUGGAUUGAAUGAAUUUUUGUAUAUAUAUAUAUAUCUUACUUGAACUUCGCGACUUCAUCAAUGAAUAUUGUUUAUUUUAUGAACUUCCUAGAGCAGCAUGCGUUCAAUAAAGAUGCCUUAUUUACAUCUGUAACAUGCAAAUAAACUC